AUUAUCAGUCAGUUGUGUAUAUAAGCUCGAAACAGUUCGUUCAAGUCAUACAGCAAGUAAGAACAGUUCUUACAGUCAAACAAGCCAAGUCUUGUGGAUUUAUUCAAUAGCUUCAGUGGCAAGGAACAUCCAACAACUAGCCAUGAAUGCAAUGUUUGUUUUCUUUUGCAUUUCUGCUUUCGUCUGCACAGCAGUGAACGCCGGAGGUGUGGGUGUUUAUUCUGCUGCUCCGUUGGCUGCUCCCGUAGCUGCUCCUGUAGCCGCUCCUGCGUAUACAUAUACCAGGCCAUACACCUACAGCACUUACAGAGUGUACACAAAUAAUUUCAAAGGAUCUCCACUCGUUGCUGCUCCAGUAGCUGCUGCCCCAGUUGCUGCCGCAGCUCCUGUUGCCGCUGCAGUAGCUGCUUAUCCUGCACCUGUUGCCACCGCCGCCGUCGCUGCACCAGUAGCCGCUGCAGCUGUUCAAACUGCUCCUAUCACUUACACUUACACUUCCUACGCAGGCUAUGGAUAUCCUUACUAUGGUGCAUACGUUGGAUACGUCAAGAAAUGAUGCUUUUAAAAUUAACAAAGACCUCCAAGUUUAUCACUGCCAAUUCUGAAAAAAGUCGAAUGUUGCAUCUGAUUUCUGUACAAGAAACAUUUUCUAUGUGGAUUUCUAUGGGCUUAUUGUGCUGUAUUUGAGCAGUGUUGAAAUAAAUGAGCUUCA